AUUUUUUCGUUUGUACCGUAUCAUUCCCCGUUCGAUUAUGAAAAAUUCCUCGCCACACACCAUGUAAUAUUUCAUUGUACAUACGUAUUCAUCAUGUAUAUUACAUAUAUUCAAUUUCGUCAAUUUUUUUUCCAUUCUUCUCUUCGUACAUUUGACAUUUAUUAUUACACGUGUAUAUAUAUUCAAUCGCAUUCGUAGCAAUUUAACCCAACCUAACGUGACCGCGCUGUGCACAACAACGACAAUGACGAAAUUAACGAUUUAUAAAUGGCUUCUAUUUUCAUUCUAUUUUAGAAAGUAAAAUGUCCGAUUUUUAUUACGUCGGGGAGAAAAGAAAGCUCUACCGUUCGUUCGCUUACGGACUUACUCGCUUACUUAUUUACCGAGCUGCAGUUCCGACUUGCAACUGCAACUUGUGCAACUGCGGGGAGUCGAUGACGUUCGCCCCGUUAACUUCGGGGCUGACAAGUUAAACGGCUGAACUACUUGAAUUCAGUAGAGUCGUCGUCGUCGUCGUCGGGCGAGAGCCAGUAGUAAUAACCCUCUCUCAGGUCGGACGCCAGACCUGAGCGUUUGACGCGUACGUUUUUCCCUUUAUUUUUUACGCCACAUGUAUAUAUAUGGAAAUUUUCAGACGCAUUCGUCGUUCCCGGGGGUAGAUUUACGCCGCGCGUUAACCGCUGCCUUUCGUUUUGGAAAAAAAAAAAAGAAAGAGGAGGAGCGAAAGAAAAGAAAAUUGAGAAGGAGAGUCGACAUGUAGGUUUUCAUAAGGAAGAAUAAAUGUUUUUCCUCAGCUCAAUAUUCUCCCUUGAAUAACUCCUCCGACGUUAUAUUGUCUACACUCUGCGCGAAGUACGCAGCUCGAUGUCAAUGGUGCGGGAUGUUUUUCUUUUACUCGCUACUAUCCUACAAUCGGACGUGGAAAAAUCAACGUGAGCCACUGACGUACGGUGGAGCGAUUUUAUGAAAAUCAAAAAUCAAAAAUCUCCAAUCUCUUUGUUUCGUUUUGCUUCUCUUCAUUUUUCCGCAUAUGGGACAAUUCAAUUGCUGCGAUUAAUAAUUCAACAACAUCUGUAGAAUUUUAUCGAAUUAAAAAUUAUUCGGUGGAACAUUUGAACGAAGGAAAAUUUGGGAAAAAAAUUAAUUACGUCAGAUCAAAUUUGUACAGUUUUGUUACAACCCAAAAGUUGAAGACUCUUCCUGCUUUUAAAAUCAGAAAAUAUGACGCAAAAAUGAUCAAGCGGUUUCAUUCGCAUUUUUACGACAUUCUUCGAGCUUGUAAAGUUUUCAUGGUUUUUUUUCUUUUUCACAUUCCAUCCGCCCGGUGAGGAUCAGAUAUCAUAAGUGUGAUCGUACAUAGGUGUAACAACACGACCUGUAAAUAAUAUAUACAAUCAUGUGUGACUAUAGAUAUAGUUAAAGUGCUUUUUUAUAUAUAGUGAAAAAAAAGAAAACUUUUGUAAAUAAUAUUUUCCUGUUAGAAAAUCGUCGCAGAUAUAAAGAUGUCUCGUUACGGUGUUUAUCGUUGUGUGAAUGUGAAUCGAUAUUACAGACGAAAAGAAUGGGAAAACAUGCAAGAUAAAUCUAAAGGGGAUCGGAAAAAUGGUGAAAAUAUUCUGCGGUUUUUACAAGGGCUGGCGAGAGAUGCCGAAGCGAAAGAUAAUCGUCGCCAAGGAAACUUAGCUGGACAACGGAAUUUUGAUAAAAAAUUAAACGGCGAUAAUAAGAAUAGCUUUGCACGCAACUUGGACAGCAUUGGAGGCGCAAACCUCCUCAGAAACUUAGACAGCAUCGGGGGAGCGAAUCUCCUCAGAAACUUGGACAGCAUCGGGGGCGCAAAUCUUCUGCGAAACUUGGACAGUAUCGGAGGCGCAAACCUCCUUAGAAACUUGGACAGCAUCGGGGGCGCAAAUCUUCUGCGAAACUUGGACAGUAUUGGAGGCGCAAACCUCCUUAGAAACUUGGACAGCAUCGGAGGGGCAAACCUCCUCAGAAACUUGGACAGCAUCGGGGGAGCAAACCUCCUCAGAAACUUGGACAGUAUCGGAGGGGCAAACCUCCUCAGAAACUUGGACAGCAUCGGGGGAGCAAACCUCCUCAGAAACUUGGACAGUAUCGGAGGGGCAAACCUCCUCAGAAACUUGGACAGCAUCGGGGGCGCAAACCUCCUCAGAAACUUGGACAGCAUCGGAGGGGCAAACCUCCUUAGGAAUUUAGACAGCAUCGGGGGAGCGAAUCUCCUUAGAAACUUGGACAGCAUUGGCGGCGGAAAUCUUGUGCGCAAAUAAAGUUUGCGCUCAGCGUCGGAUAAUAUGGAAAUAAAAGAAAGAUUAAUAACCGUCCAAGAGAAGGGAGAAUCGAAGGAUGUAAAGAAGAGAAAUAUCGGUUUGCAACAACUGCUGAUGAUUGUUGAAAAUGAAUGGGAAAAUUAAAUAAUUAACGUUAGUUAUAAUCAGACUGAAUCGCCGCUGUCCUAUGAUUUCAAUUUGAUUAAUUAAAAUGUUAUAAUCAAUAAUAUUGAAUAUCGUGUGUAAAAAUAAUCAAAAAUGAAAAUUACAAGCGAUUCGUAGUAAGAAAAA